GAGGCGUCCCGGGCGUUUGGCGGCCGACGCGGAGCGGACGUGCGGGGCCCGGCUGGCGGCUGGCGGUGCGAGAUGGAUAAGCGGCCGCGAGCGACGAAGCCCGCCGUGAGCCCGGCGGCCCAGCAGUCUCCGGGGACGUCUAGAAAGGACAGGAGGCCUAGCAUGUUCGAGAAGGAGUCAUAUGCACAGAUCUUGAGAGAAAGGCUGAGAGACUCUUUUCACGAUGUUCAGUAUGUGGAGCCUCCAUUUGAUGACUCCAUUGCUGACAUAGGUAAAGAAUGGAAGAGUGCCCUGGCAAAGUUAAAGUUUUCUAAUUCAUAUAGAAUGGAGCCAAUGAAGAAAUUCCAAGCUCAUUCAGUCGAAAUUAAAAUCCAACAGAUACUAACGGAAACUCUUAAAGAUGUCAGAUAUGAUGAUAAGGCCUUCUCACAUUUGUCACUUGAAUUGGCAGACCAAAUGUUGUUAGCAGUCAAAGAGUUUGGAUUUCACCGUUAUAAGUUCAUUAUAAAAGUGUUAUUUAUUCAGAAGACUGGUCAAGCAAUAAAUAUUGCCAGCAGGUGGAUCUGGGACGUUGCCUGGGACAGCUGGGUACAAGCGAAACACGAAACGGAAACGUACGUGGCCCUGGCGUUGGUGUUCGCUCUUUACUGUGAAUAGCUGCGUGCACUUCCCAACUUUCACCAAUAAAGCACCUGACGGGCUGUCGG